AUGGACUCCAUUCUUGACGAGUCUAUAGAUGGAUGGGAAGAAAAGUACGAUCUCAGUGGCGAGAAUUUUGCUAAGCUAAUACGGCAUAGAGCCUUCGAUAAGAUCACAGAGGACUUCUUUGACAGUGACGAUUAUGAUGCAGGACCACGCAUUCGGGCCCUGGAUUUUGAAACUCCUGACGAGGACCUUCGGUUGCAUUUUCACGUACUUCAUCUUUCUCGUCCUUUGAAAGAAGUUAUUACAGAUCCCGAUCUAUCUGAUCUGAGUUUGAAAGAGCGCCGAGCGUUUGCCGCUAGACUUUGGACCCUGGCGUUUGGAAAGUGUUGCUCUCGACUCCAGGAGGUUGAUGACCAGUAA